AUGGAUGCAUACUUGGAAACCUCUACUGAGUCACAUGAAUUAGAAACUGCAACCGUUCAACAAACAGAAGUUGAUCGAGGAGUGACCUUACUAGAUACAUAUGCUUCAAGUCGGACCCUCCCUGCAGAGGAGAAUGGGAUUGAGCAUCUCCAGAUGGAGGCAGAGCAGCAGAGGAACCAUCAAGGAGCUGAUUUUAGGAAUCUGGAGGCCAGACAAAGAAGAGGUGUCUGGUGGAUGAGGAAGCACGCAAACGCAGUGGAAGCUACUGCCUAUAGAAUAGCAGGGCUGGGGGAUCCUCUGACGGGCUGGAAGAAGCGUGGGAAAGGAGAGAUGGAGAGCGGCACCCUCAUGACUGAACUGAAGGAGCUUCAUGAUGAAAAGCGACGACUUAUGGAUCAAGAGAUUGCAGGAGAGGAGGAGGAAGAAGAAGAAGAAGAUGAUGACGAUGAUGACGAUGAUGAUGAUGAUGAUGAUGACGAUGAUGACGAUGAUGACGAUGACGAUGAAGAAGAGGAAGAGGAGGAAGAGGAGGAAGAGGAGGAAGAAGAGGAAGAGGAGGAAGAGGAGGAAGAGGAGGAGGAGGAAGAAGAAGAGGCAACUGAGAUCCCCAGCAAUCAAACAGAAACAUACUCCAGCUUUACAGAGUCUCCUCUUAGAGAGUGUCAGACUGCUGACAGAGAAAUCAGCUGUAGGGGCGUCGGCAUGACUCACCUGCCAGUCAUCAACAACCUGCUGGCCACAAACCUGGACAUGGCAGAGAACAACAUCAGAAUCAUCACUCCACAAGAUUUCUCUGGUGUGCCGAACCUGGACACGCUGGACCUGAGUAAAAACACACUGAAUGAUGAGUCUUUGAGCAGUAACCCGCUGUCUGAGUUGACCUUUCUGAAGAAGCUGAACCUAGAUGGCAACCAGCUAACCAGGAUCCCAGCGCUGCCACCAUCACUGGAGGAGCUCAGAAUUAACAACAACCAGCUCAGUACACUCACCCCUCACUGUUUUAAAGGUUUGACAAACCUGUUAAAUCUGGAGCUGGAGGAAAAUGUACUCCAUGAGGGCAGUGUGUCGCCGCUUACUUUCAGGCCCCUACAGAAACUGCUGAUCCUCCAGUUGGACAACAACCACUUUCGUUCCCUCCCUCUGGGCCUUCCUCCCUCUCUGCAGGAGCUGGAGAUUAAUGAAAAUAGGAUUGAGGAGGUGACACAGGAGGCACUGAGAGGCUGUGUCCAUUUGAGAGUGCUGGACAUGAAUCACAACCUGCUGCAUGAGCAAGGCAUCGCUACCAAGGCCUGGUCCCGUCUCAACACCCUGGAGUCGUUGGACCUGUCUUACAACCAGUUCACCUCUGUCCCGAUGAAUCUGCCACGCCGUCUCCAUAAAUUGUCCCUCCAACACAACAACAUCAGUCACAUCACCGCCUUCACCUUCCGUCACAUGCGGUCCACCCUACAGUCCCUCCGUCUAUCCCACAAUGCCUUGAGCAAUGAGGGUAUAGAGCGGCUCUCUUUUGUUGGAGCGUUUCGCUCACUUGGUGAGCUCCUGCUGGAUAACAACCAUCUGAGAGAGAUCCCUCGCUGCAUUCGCCAGUUCAAGAACCUGCAGUUGCUGAAACUAGACAACAACCAAAUCAGGCUGGUGAGGAAGUGGGGAGUGUGCCACCCUGGUAAUGCUGGCUCCACAUUGGCUUCCAUCCACUUGGAAAAUAAUCUUUUGGAGGUGGAGAAGAUUCCCCCAAAUGCCUUCUCCUGUCUCACGGAUGCUCAGGGACUGGUCCUCUAUCCACAAAAGGGGCACUCAUAUCAAUAGGCCGCACAGUGGGACAAACUUAGAGGGACAGAUACAUUCCCAAAUACACGUACAUGCAUA